AUGCUGAGGCAUGGCGCAGUCCGUCAUGGCCUACAGCACUGUGCCAGAUCACCCAUCUCGCGGUCCCUCCUCUUGUCUCCCUCCCAAAGAGGCUAUGCAUCGAUAACAGACGUGGAGGCGUAUCCAAAACCGGGGGAAAGCAUCCAUGGGUUCACGGUAAAACAGAUCAAGCAUGUUCCAGAACUGCAUCUUACAGCCUUGAGUUUGGAGCACGACAAGACGGGGGCAGACUACCUACACGUGGCUCGAGAUGACAAGAACAAUGUCUUUGCCAUCAAUUUUAAGACAAAUCCUACAGAUCGAACGGGCUUGCCUCACAUCUUGGAGCAUGUCACCCUGUGUGGGAGCGAAAAGUUCCCCGUACGAGACCCGUUCUUCAAAAUGAUGCCGAGAUCACUGGCAAAUUUCAUGAAUGCAUUCACAUCUUCCGAUUACACCUCGUACCCAUUCGCGACCACGAACCUGCAGGAUUUUCGCAACUUGUCCUCAGUAUAUCUCGAUGCGACCCUUCAUCCUCUGCUCAAACACUCGGACUUCUUGCAGGAAGGAUGGCGCCUUGGACCCGAGGACCCUCGAGAGCCUGCGACAGAUGAGAACGUCAAGUUCAAAGGCGUCGUCUAUAACGAGAUGAAAGGGCAGAUGUCGGACGCAAGUUAUUUGUUUUAUAUCAGGUUCCGCGAACAUCUCAUUCCUUCCUUGUAUAACUCUGGUGGAGAUCCGGAGGCAAUGACUGAGCUUACACACGAGCAACUGGUCAAAUUUUCCCGCGAACACUACCAUCCGAGUAACGCAAAGAUAUUUUCUUAUGGUAGUCUGAGUCUCGCCGACCACCUUCAGCAGGUCGACGAGGCCCUCUCGCAAUUCGACAAGAGUGUUCCUGAUAGCGACAUCAAAAUGCCGAUUGACUUGUCCGCCGGCCCCCUAUCCUUCGAAGUUACAGGCCCGGUUGACACGAUGCAGCCCCCAGAUCGACAGUUCAAGUCUUCCGUUACGUGGAUGGGGAGUCCAUCAUCGGACAUCGUUGAAACAUUCUGCAUCAGUAUCAUGCUGUCCUUGCUGAUGAACGGUUAUGGCUCGCCAUUAUAUCAAGGGUUGAUUGAAUCCGGUCUGGGCACAAAUUUCAGUCCCAACUCAGGCUACGACAGUUCUGGUCGUAUUGGCACAUUGUCGAUUGGCUUGGAUGGCAUGAGGUCAGAAGAUGUGGUCGGACUUAAGGAUAAAAUUCAAACGAUAUUACAGGAUAAGGCGCAUGAGGCUUUUCUCCCUCAAAAAAUCGACGGUUAUAUGCAUCAAUUGGAGCUCACGCUGAAACAUAAAACGGCGAACUUCGGCAUGAGUUUACUUGAGAAAACACUUGCCGGAUGGUUCAAUGGUGUCAGUCCUAUGGACGGCUUAGCAUGGAACGACAUAAUUGAUGCCUUCAAGCAACGAUUGACGGAAGAAAAGUACCUCGAAAAGCUUGCGCAAAAGUAUUUCAUGAACGACAAGUGUAUGCAGUUCACUAUGACACCUUCAGACGUAUACGGGCAACUGCUGGAGCAACGAGAAGAAGAUCGGAGAAAGAGCAAGCUGGAAACUGUGAAGAAGAGCGCCCCAUCUCCCGAUGCGGCUCUCGCCGAACUUGGUCGACAGGAGCUCGAAUUGCUAGAAGAACAGGAAAGUGCUCAGAGCAAAAACCUGGAUAGCCUUCCCACCCUUCGUGUUGAUGACAUUGUCCGGGAGAAGGAACGAAAACCACGAUAUCAUUCGAAGAUCGGUGAUGUGGAUUGUCUGUGGCGGGAGACUUCCACCAAUGGCAUCACCUAUUUCCAGGCGAAGCACUUGUUUCAAGACCUCCCUGAAGACCUCAGGCUUCUAUUGCCACUAUUUACGGACUCCCUGAUGCGUCUGGGGACGAAAACGAAGUCGGUGGGGGAUCUAGAAGCAGAGAUUCUCUUGAAGACUGGCGGCGUAUCUAUCUCCCCUUUCGCUGCACCCGAACCCUGGAGCAUGGACAAGUACAACGAAGGUCUACUCAUAGAUGGCUAUGCUCUUGACAGGAAUGUGCCCGCCAUGUUCGAGCUCAUUCGGUCGCUUCUGUUGGAGAUCGAUUUCGACAACCCCAGAGCUGCCGCUGCAAUCCAGGAGCUCCUUGAGUCCAAAACAUCGGGUGCAUUGGACUCUGUCGCAGAGAGCGGUCAUCACUUCGCCAUCACCAGCGCAUCCGCUGCUCUGACGCGUCGAGGCCAGGUACAGGAUCAGCUUUCUGGUCUUUCACAGAUAGAAUCUACAGCCAGGAUGUUGGAUUCCGCUCGUCACGAUCCGCAGACUCUUCGCGACGUUAUUGGCAAAUUGAAAACCAUUCGGUCGAUAGCCGUCAGCAACUCUUCUAAUUUGUCGAUGCGGGUUGUCUGCGAACCUGAUUCAGUGCGCGCCAACCAGAGCAUGAUCGAGGAAUUCCUGAAAAGCCUGCCACAGGGUCACGUGGGGCUUGCCAGUUCUGCGGCUGCCGACACAGUCCCUGGGUCUUUUCUCUCACGCAGAGCAUUCUUUGACCUUCCAUUCCAAGUGUCGUACACCGGCACCUGUCUACAGACUGCGCCAUUCUCGUCUCCGGACAAGGCGCCACUCAGAGUUCUCGGACAGCUGCUUGUCCACAACUUCCUGCAUCCAGAGGUCAGAGAGAAGGGAGGGGCGUAUGGCGCGUCAGCCAGCGCCAGCCCCAUCAGUGCGCUCUUUACGAUGUCCUCAUAUCGUGACCCCAACCCGCGCAACUCUCUGAAAGUCUUCCAACGUGCCGGGAUCUAUGCUCGAGACAAAGAAUGGGAUAGCAGAGAACUCGAGGAGAGCAAAUUGAGUAUAUUUCAGGGUAUUGACGCUCCCAGAAGCGUAAGCAGUGAAGCGAGCAAAGAGUUCAUGUACGGCAUAACGGAAGAUAUGGAUCAACAAAUGCGCGAGCGCCUACUGGACGUCACGAAGGAGCAAAUCCAACAAGUCGCUCAGAAAUACCUGGUGGAGCUUCCCACCGAUUUGCAAUCUGUGUGUAUAUUAGGAGAAAAGAAGGACUGGGUUGAGCAAGAUUCCGAGCCGUGGCAGGUCAAACAUCUGAAGAUGUCGGCAUAA